AUGAAUGACUACAUCACCCGUAAGACUGAGGCCUACAUGCGUGCUAGCCAAGCCUUGAAGCGAGUGCAACCCCACUACGAACAAGACCGACACCCGCCUGCAAGACCUGAUCACCAACGUCGAGCUAGCAGUGACUACAGCAACUGGGGAUGGCCAAGACAGUGGACUCCCGCGACGCAGGAGGAUGGUGAGGCACCAGAGGCGGAUGCACCAGAUGGAGGCGACACCGAGGCCUCCACCCGUGACACCACCAAUGCCGACGAGGAGGACCAAUGGCGCUACUGGCGACCCUAUGGAGGAUUGACAGCCUGGAACACCUGGGGAGGUUGGUCAUGGGGCUACGAGUGGCCUCGGUCGUGGGAUAACCACGACUGGAGCAGUGACUACGCCAGCUCCCGAGCAUCGACAACCAGCAGCUCGACCUCAACGGAGCUGCUCCCCCAGUUUAUCCAAGGAUGGUACCUCCUCGCGGACGCGAACUUGGACGACGGUGAGCGCAACCUCGUCAUGACGGCGUUGGGCGGGAACUUCGAGCCUCAGCGAGUGGCACAGGAACUACGGAAUCAGUUUUCGGAAUCCGAUGUGAAGAAGCGGGACAGCCAACGGCGAUACCAGAGCUACAUCGGAGAGUACCUGGAGAUCUACGAGGCUGGGAGCCACGACUACGGCGCGGAGGGCCUGUCAGAUGAAGGACAUGCCUUGGUAGUGGACGCAGAGGAAGCUGCCCAGGAGGCCAUGUCGGCGAUGGUCAAUGCAAGGCGGACCUUACGAGAAGCACGACAACGACAACAUGCCGUGAAACAGAACCGGAAGUACUACCAAGGCAAUGGAAGCAGUGGUCGGGGAUCCUCGUCCUCUACUACAACACCGCCUAAACCACGGGAUGACUCGGGCAUAGAGUGCCUCCGUUGCGGCCAGCGUGGCCACCGUGUGGCCAAUUGCCCACACAAGCCUUUGAGUGAGCAGAAGGGACAAGCACACCUUACCGAAGAGAAUCCGCGGGAGCCACAACAGGCGCCCUUCGUGUGCUACACCGACACCCAUGCCGGCUUUGCCACAGACCACGACGAGCACUACGCCAUGACCGCCGUGCCCGAGGACGAGGGACUAACAACAGCCGAGGCUGUUCGCCAAGGAAUGGCCGUCAUCGACGGUGGGGCUACCCAAACCAUUGGGUCUGUGGCUGCGGUGGAAGCAGUGAUGCGACAGAACAGAGCGAAGUGUUGCCACAGCGGUUUACGGGGCGUGGACUACAAGGACCCCCCCGUGUUUUCCUUCGGCAACUCCACGGAGAACCGGUGCCUGAGUACGGCACGGUUGGGCAUCACCGCCAACGGCACAGCAGGGGAGAUGAGGAUUCAUACGUUGGAAGACGGGGAGAGCCCCAUCCUCAUGAGCAUCGAGUCCCUACGGCGAGUCGGGGCUAUCGUCGACUUCGCGAGCGACCUGGCCGUGUUCAGGAACUUAGACCCUGGUCGUAUCGUGAGGAUUGCCCGGGGCAAGUCGGGGCACCAACUUUUGCCUUUGUCAGAAGAUCUGUUGGGCAAUUCAGUCCCAUCCCAGCAGUCCGUCAACAUGGACAAGAUGACCUGCCCUCAGAUGGUACUCAGCCUUCGAGCCUACGGCGAGGAGCCACCAAAAGGGUGGAAGAAGGUCCAGCUCCUCCAGCGUUUGAAGGAGUUGGAAGAGCAGGGCGAGAUCGCCGCACCGACUACGGCGAAGACAAAAACACCCUUGGAGUUGGCGGUGGCCGACCUGAACCGUGCGGGGGCCAAAAAGAGCUAUCUCCAGAAGUAUGUGAUGGAGGAGUGUGGCAUCAAGAUCAACGGGAACGAGACGAUGCACACCCUCACCCAGCGUGCCAUGUCACACCUACUGGCCACCGUGGAACCGGUGGGAGAGGAACCUAUGGGGUUCGGCAAGUACGCGAACCAGUCCUUCCAGACGGUGGCGAACAACGAUCCCCAGUAUUGCUCGUGGGCCCUGACUACAGCAGCCGAGGGCCAAUGUUCCCAGUACCUGACAAGGUUUGCCACCUGGAUGAAAAUGGAAAAGGAGAAGAAGAAGGUGGCACCCAAAGCCAGAGCCAAGGUGGAUCUCAGCCAGAUGAUGACGAAGAACAAGAUGGGCGGUUACACCACGACCGGCACGGAGGACCCCAAGUCCGGCAUGGUGAAGAAAGAGGUCAGCAUGGCAACGCCGACCGAGGGAAGAUCCCCAAGGACUUCGGGGGCGACAUCCUCCCAAGCGACCAUCGAGCAGCUCGCCAUGGCGGUGCAGACCUUGGCCAACGAGGUGAAGACGCUGAAGGAGGAGAAGGGCGAGAAACCUCGGAAGAUUCAGGCCUUGAAGCAACGAGGUGCGGAUCCCCGAACACUGGAGUUAGCUGAAAGCUUCACCUGUCCUGUUUGCAGUGAAAAGAAGCGUCCCCCUCCUAGGAAGGAUGGGUCCAAUACUUCGGCCACCCUCGCAGUUUGCGCCUCGAUCCAGCAUGUGUUUCGUAGCUCGGCAGUAGAAGAAUGGUGCGACAAACAUUCCAUUUAUUUCGACAUAGUCCCGGGCGAAGCACAUUGGAAGAUAGGGGCAGUGGAGAAUGCGGUGAAAGGGGCCAAGGAACUGAUGACAAGGCUGUGUCAGUACGACCACGAUGUCACUCCUCAACAGGCCUUAGCGGAGGCUAUAGCCACUUUCAAUCAUAAGGAGUUGGUGAGAGGAUACUCCCCAGCACAACAUGUGUUGGGACAGGCGCCAGAUGAGACGGGGCGCUUCGUGGCACAUGGGCAUAGCGUCCAUCCCAACUUGUUGAUUGAAAAUCCUACUGACGAGUUUGAACGGGGGGUCAAACUCCGAGCCGAAGCCGAGAAAGCCUUGAGUGACUGGACAGCACACCAGAGGUUGCUGAGAGCAAAACAUUCUCGACACCGUCCUUGCUACGACUACAUUCCAGGUGAGUUGGUCUAUUAUUGGAGGACUCAGGACUCCAACAAAGGCCGCCGUCAACCAGGAGGUAAGCAUGGACGAUUUCUGGGCCCAGCCCGGAUCUUGGCGACAGAGACUCGCCAUUCAGAGGAUGGCCAUGUCAAGCCCGGAGGGGCAAUAUGGUUGGUAAAGGGAAGAAGCCUGCUGAAGUGUGCACCAGAACAACUCCGUCGGGCCACGGAGCGUGAGGAGCUGGUGGAGAGCUUGAGUGACCCCGCUCAGCAGCGUAUGUCCUGGACCUACCACACCGUCGCCAAUGAGAUAGGAGGCAACCGGUACGAGGACAUCUCAGACGAGCAACCUACAGUGGAGGAGUGGAGCCGAGCACAGGGCCAAGAGGAGGAGGUGCCGCCAGUGCGGUACCGACUACGCUCAAAACGUGGAGCAGCGAGGCCUACAGAGGACGAGGCAAUGGAGGAGGAACCCACCAGGACCGACAUGGAGGACCCAGGUCCCGACCGUCCCACAGCCUGGUGGAACGACGUCCAAGCGCAUCAUUGGCCAGAGCAACAGGCCAGCUACUGGCAGGAGAAAGGAGCAGCCGUGGAGAUCGCCAUCCCGUUUCCAGAGACCCAGCGAGGCAGCGCCAAGGCCUUCAGAGAUCUAGGAGCCUACAUGGUCGGAAGCAUGAAGCGCCGGGCAGUGGAACUCUCGGAGCAUCGCAUGACGCCCGAAGAAAGGGAAGCCUUUGCUGGAGCGAAAGCCAUUGAGGUCAAAAACUUUGUUGCCUCCAAGGCGUUCGAGGUGCUGCCGGACCAUCUGAAACCGGACAAGAGCCAAGCUAUUAAUAUGAGGUGGAUUCUCACCUGGAAGGUGAGAGAAGACGGGUCCAGGAAGCCAAAAGCACGUGCAGUGCUUUUAGGCUACCAAGAUGGAGCCUACGAACACCGAUCGACCACCUCCCCGGUGAUGACCAGGCAGACCCGUCAGCUCCUACUCCAAGUUGCAGCAUGGAAACGCUGGCAGGCACUCAACAUUCCGGAAGGGAGUGUGACCAAAGUCCAGAAGGCUUGCUAUGGUUUAGUGGAUGCACCACUUGAAUGGUACAGGUCCGUGGACCAAUUCCUCAAGGCCAUCAAAGCCAAGUUCAAGUGGGGAGACUGGGAAGUAUCUCGCAGCACGGUGGAGACCAUCGUGAAAGCGAACUGCCUCCUCCACAUGGCGAAGCACAAGCAGUCCUACAAAAUGAAGAUCCACGCCUUCAAGGAGACGGAUGAGCUCACCAUGGUGAUGUGGGUGGACGCAGCCAAUGCCAACAGGAUAGAUGGAGGCUCUACCCAAGGGCUCUUCCUGGGGAUCACCACCAAGGACAUGCUUCAGGGAGCAGUCUGUCCCGUCACCCCAGUGGCGUGGCACUCACAGAAGAUCGAGCGGACAUGCCGCUCUCCCGGUGCAGCAGAAGCCCAGGCUGCAGUGAAUGGAGAGGACUGCUUGUACUACGGGCGCUACGAGUGGAGUGAGCUCCUCCAUGGAAGUGGAGACCUACAUGACCCAGACCAGUUGGUUCGCAUGACAGGAGGCUGUGUAGUGACCGACAGCCGCAACGUCUAUGAUCGACUGGACACAGAGGUCAUGGUGAUCAAGGGCGCAGAAAAGAGAACAAGCAUCGAGUUGCUAGCCAUCAAAGAGUCCCAGGCCAAUACCUCCGUAGAGAUGAGAUGGGUCCACAGCGAAGCCCAAUUGGCCAACAGCUUGACAAAAGCUGGAGGACUACGUGAGUACGAGCUCUUCUACAAGAUGGGCCAUCAAUGGCGUCUGGUGGAAGACACAACGAUGAUGUCUGCCAAGCGCAGAAAGGAACUCGGUAUCCUACCACUGGAACAGAAGGACAGUUCCAAAGUUUCCAAAGGGGUUAGUGAGGAAGCAUUUCCACAGAGUGAUUCAUUUCCGAUGUGUCAGCCAGAAGUGCCCACAUCCCAGAGGAUAGUUUAA